AUGGUACCUAUAAUGAAGGCUUCUAAGAGGAAGAAUUUUUUGGAAGAGCUGGAAAAGAAAGGAUUUAUUAUCAAGAAAAUUCAAGGCAAGAAGUUAUUUUAUGGUGUCCGGGCUCCUAGUAAAAUCUUCCGAAAAUACCAGUGGCUUCUGAGAAACCCAGACAGAGGGUCACAGAAUUCCAGUACAAAGGAGGAUGUGCUCAUCACCACCAGAAUACGCAUCGUCAACUUUAUCCUGCAAAACACAGAGAUUGCUUCUCAGGAGAAGCUACAAGACUUGAUCAAAAAGAAAGUAUUUGAGACUGCAUUUCCACUGCAUGAGGAAGAAGAAGAGAGAGAAUUCCUGAAGCAUAAAUGGGCCCGAUGGAGAAGUAUGUGUUGCAGACAGCCAAUUGAAGAAAUCAGGUUGUAUUUUGGGGAGAAGGUGGCUCUGUAUUUUGCCUGGCUGGGCUGGUACACCUGCAUCCUGUCUCUAGCUGCUUUUCCAGGCCUGGUCCUCUUCAUAUAUGGAAUCACUUAUUUCAAUUCCAGUCAAGUCAGCAAAGAGAUUUGUGAAGCCAACACUACCAUCAUGUGCCCACUCUGUGACCAGAAGUGCCCAUUCUGGCACCUGUCUGACACUUGUACUUAUGCCAAGGUUACUCACCUGCUUGACAAUGAGGGGACUGUUGUAUUCGCAAUAUUCAUGGCUCUGUGGGCCACUUUGUUCUUGGAACUGUGGAAGAGAAAGAGGGCUGAAGUGGUCAGUGGCUGGGAACUGUACGGCUGGGACGAAGAUGAGGAGGAGCUGGCCUUGGAGCUUAUCAAUAACCCAGAAUAUGAUCUCCAGAAGUAUCAGCACUCUUAUUUCCGCAGUAUGAUUGUGCUCCUCCUGGUCCUGCUUACAAUAAUCGUGCUGAUAGGGAUUGCCCAUGCGCUUGUCAUCUACCGUGUGGUGGCCACCGUGAUCUUCAGCCAGAGUGACUCUGACUUCAUACAAGAACAGGCCAACACACUGGCAGUGUUGACUGGGGCUGUGUUACAUUACAUGACCAUUGUCAUCAUGACCAAGGUGAACAGAUAUAUGGCGCUCUUCCUCUGUGACCUGGAGAAGCCGCGGACAUUAUCUCAGCGUGAAAACAACUUCACAGUGAAAUUCUUCACCUUCCAGUUCUUCACCUACUUCUCCUCGCUGAUCUACGUUGCCUUCUUCCUGGGGAGGAUUAAUGGCCGACCUGGGAAUUAUGUGCGUGUAGCUGGCAAAUGGAGGCUGGAAGAGUGCCACCCAAGUGGAUGCAUGACUGACCUCUUUAUCCAGAUGGCUACCAUAAUGAUCCUAAAGCAGACUCUGAGCAACAUGGUAGAGUACAUCUCCCCCUGGAUUACCUACAAGAUAAGACAGCUGCCGGUGAACACAAAGGUCAAAAAUAAAGUCCAGGUGGAAAAGGAAGCUGAGGACCCUUGCAAGGAGCAGUGGCAGAGAAACUACCAGUUGAAUGAAGUCAACGUCUUCAGCUUAUUUAAUGAGUUCUUGGAAAUGAUGAUCCAGUACAGCUUUACCACCAUCUUUGUGGCUGCCUUCCCCCUUGCCCCAAUGCUGGCACUCAUCAACAACAUCAUUGAGAUCCGGCUGGAUGCCAUCAAGAUGGUGAAGCUGCAGAGACGCCUGGUGCCUAGGAAAGCCAAGGACAUCGGAAUCUGGCUGCAGGUUCUGGAGGGCAUUGGCAUUUUGUCUGUCAUCGGCAAUGGCUUAGUGAUCGCCAUCACCUCUGACUUUAUCCCCUUGCAGGUCUACAAGUACACGUACAGCCCCUGCACUCUGGGGAAUGACACCAACAUCGACUGUUUGACAGGUUACAUCAACCACAGCCUCUCGGUGUUCCGCGUUCGAGACUUUGAAUGGCAUAUGAAGCUGCAGGACUUAGCUGAAAAGCAGAUCACAGAAUGCAGGUACAGGGACUACAGGAACAAUGAUGACUACAGUUACUCUGUGCAGUUCUGGCACGUAUUUGCAGCCCGACUCGCCUUCCUGAUUAUAUUUGAGCAUGUAGCUCUAUGCAUCAAGCUGAUCGCAGCCUGGUAUGUCCCUGAUGUCCCCCAGAGGGUUAAGAAUAAGAACCUGGAGGAAAAAAAGAAACAUCUUCAGGAAGAACUCAGUGUAAUGGAUCACUCUACAGAAGUGUAAUGAUCCCCUGAGAAGAAUAUAGCAACCAAAAGCACAGAAACUGCAGAUCUACUAUCCAACAGGACAUGGCUGCAGGCUUUGGAGACAUCACAAAGACAUCCCUCCACACCUUCACUCCUCCCAAACCCUGAAACUGCAAGCUCAUUCCCCAACUACCACUAAGUUUGGACUUUACUCUUAAGAAGGAAGAAAUAAUAUAAUGUUUGUUUUGCAUGAGCAGUUUGCUUUGAAUCUUAUAGUAUUCUGAGGAGGAAGUGCAUGGACUGCACAGCCAGGAAAGAGAUGACAUAAGAAAGGCUGCAUCUCAAAGAUAUCAGACUGGGGGAAAAACCUCUGGACAACUGGAAAAAUGUCCAGCAUUUUGCCACAUUCCCAGAAGGUUAAAAAUGUAUAGAUUUUGCCAAAUUUGUCCUGCUUGUUUACCAUAUGUGGCAGGCAGGAGUUUUACAGAUGAACCCGCCUCCCAACUCACCGAAUAGAAAGAACAGACAAGGUC